AUGGUGGCCACUGGCAUGAUCAAGGACGCCAAGGCACCUCUCAACUCGACUGGUCCAAGUGUGUGUCGCGGUUGCCAGCAAGGAAAGAUGGUCCAAAAACCAUUCCCAACCAACCGUGACAAACGCCAAUAUGGUGUGUUCGAGUUGCUGCACUUCGACAUCUACGGGCCAAUGGAACAAGUCUCGAUCGGCGGCAGCAGAUACUUACUGCUUGUGGUUGACGAAGCUAGCGGUUGCAUGAAGGGCUUCUGUCUGCGGUCCAAGUCUGAGAGUGAAGACUGUAUCAAGAACCACAUCAUCAAGAUUCAGACUCAGUUCGGCACGAAGAUCAAGUUUGUUCGGCACGAUGGAGCGCAUGAGUUUGCGACCAACUCCAUCAAGACCUUCUACGAAGAUCAUGGUAUUGAACAACAGAUCACGGUGCCGUAUGCACACCAGACCAACGGCACCGCAGAACGCGCGAUAAGGACCAUCGUCACGAUCGGACGCAGCUUGUUGCAUCAUGCAAAGCUGGAGAAGUGUUUCUGGGCUGAAGCGGCAAUGACGGCGAUCUACAUCAAGAACCGCCUGCCUUCACCCAAGAUCGACCACAAGACUCCGUUCGAGAUCGUGUACAAGUCGAAACCAAGUGUCAAGCACAUGCGCGUGUUUGGAUGUCGGGCGUUUAUCCUGACACCAAGGGAGAAGCGAUUGAAGUGGGACCCGAAGGCUUGUGAAGGGAUGUUCAUGGGCUACGAAGAAGCGUCAAAAGCUUAUCGAGUGUACGACAUUAAGGCGGGCCAAGUGGUGAUCAGUCGUGACAUCACCUUCGACGAAUCGACUUUUGACUUUUCGAUGGACCGACCAAGUGACGAUGAUGAAGAUGCGGAGUUGGACCUCGACCUCCUGGCGAUCAACGAGGACGACGUGCGUCAAACCGUCUACAAGCAGACUGGCAAGCGUAAGAGUGAAGCAAGACCCGGCAUGUCACGGUCAGCUCGCCCUCGAACUGGGUUGGAACAAGCAAGUGCGCCGGAACACGUCUCCAACCGUCACCAGAAACGACGAUCAAGUGCUCCAGAAACGAUGUCUGAUGACGAAGAAGAUGCAAGCGUGUACGAUCAAGAUGACGACUCGACGCCUCCAACAUUUUGGCGUGCAAGUGCAAACGCAGUGGAAGCAACGGACCUAGCAGAACCUGUGACUUUUCAAGACGCGAUCAAUGGUCCUGAUCAAGCUCACUGGCGAAAUGCUGUGAAGGCGGAACUCAAGUCGAUGCAUCUUCGUGGAGUUUUCCGUGCGGCAAAACUACCAAGAGGCCAAGGCGCGAUCGGCACCAAGUGGGUGUUCAAGAUCAAGCGCAAAGCGGAUGGAUCGGUCGAGAAAUACAAGGCGCGUCUCGUUGCCAAGGGCUUCAAGCAGAAGUACGGCAUCGACUACACAGAGACGUUCUUGCCCGUGGUCAAGUACGUGACACUGCGUAUGGUGAUCGCGAUCACCAAGUAUUUCGACUGGCCACUGGACCAACUCGAUGUGGUGACAGCCUUUCUCUACGGAGUGAUGAAGGAGAAGGUGUACUGCGUGAUACCAGAAGGCGUCGAGAUGGAUGGCGACUUCGACUGUCUCGAGUUGGUGAAGGCGAUCUACGGUCUCAAGCAAGCUUCACGUAUGUGGAACGAGACUUUCGACGAGUUCGUAUGCUCUAUCGGUUUCGAAGCGUCGGCGUUCGACCCAUGUCUCUACAUCAAGGUUGUCGACGGUCACUGUGUGCUCGUGCUGGUCUACGUGGAUGACGUGUUGGUCACCGGCAGCUCGCUCGAGUUGAUUGCGCAGACGAAGGCCGACCUCAAGACGCGUUUCGAGAUGACCGACAGUGGCAAGUGUACUUUUGUACUGGGCAUCGAACUGGUGGACGAAUCGGAUGGCAGCGUGACGAUGUGCCAGCGACGGUAUGUCAACGACAUCCUCAAGCGCUUCGGCAUGGAUGAGUGCAAGGCCACAGCAAGUCCGGUCGACUUGAGCACUCGGCUUGUCGCAAGCACCGAAGCGGCCAAGAUCAACGUUCCGUUUCGUAAAGCUGUGGGAGCUUUGAUGCACUUGACGACUGCGACGCGCCCGGACAUUGCGUAUGCUGUGGGGUACGUCUCGCGCUUCAUGGAGAAUCCGCAGCAAGAACAUUGGACGGCGGUGAAGCGCAUCUUUCGUUACUUGCAAGGGACCAAGUCACACGGACUCCGCUUCCAGCCAAGCGACAAGAUCGACUUUCGUGGCUACUCGGACGCGGACUGGGCCGGCGACCACGCUGAUCGCAAGUCGACUUCGGGUUACACUUUCAUGCUGAUGGGUGCUCCUGUGAGUUGGGGAAGCAAGAAGCAGUCAGGUGUGUCGCUGUCGACGAGUGAAGCGGAAUAA